CCGAUCAUACAAAAAGUCCAUUUGGCGAUUGAAGCUUCGGUCGUCUAUGGAGCUGGAAGAGGGAAAUCUGGAAAGAAAUUUGGCACCUAUGAUUGCCAAGGGUGAAACAAACAGAAUCCUCACAAUUGAUAAAAAAACUUAAUAAUGUUGGAUUUUCCUGUUUUGAUAAGGAGCCCAGACGAUUCAAUCUUGUGCGUAGCUCUGAUGGCCGGAAAACCAAUGCAGGAAACCUCAAGGUCUGGUGGCCGGACCGACGAUGGUUUGUUGGGAGUUUAUUCUCCUUGAUCUGGCCCCCGAGAUUUGGGAGAUUACUCCUCAGUCGUUAUCCCUUUUUUACCAAAAAAGAGUCAUCCUCCCCAAAAACCACUUAGACCCCUGUUCCGACUUGAACCAACAAACUUUGGGGACGUGUUUUCCCUUUUAUUUGAUUCCCACAACCCUAUAACUGAUUCUCUUGUACUUUCUACACGACGAACUGGUCUGUUGCAAGGAAAAUAGAAGGAGCACCUAGCCCCAGAUCAACUCUAAGCUAAGGAUUCCAAGAUGGCAUGUUUCAUCGGACCAGGUGGUUCAAUUCUCAAUGGAAGAAGUGCAAUCAAUCAAGUACUAUAAUGAUCACUCGCUACUUGGAUGUCUCUUUACAGAUAGUCGAGUAACCAUGACAGAAAUCAGGGAUGUUGUUCUCACGCUUUGGCAGGUGAAGGGGAGAUUAAAGGUGGUGAUGUCAAAGUAUGGGUUGUUCGAAUUCACUUUGCCCUCCGAGGAAGCAAAGACAUGGGUUCUUAAGAGAACGCCAUGGUUGGUUCAAGAUAAGAUCCCGCACUUGAGAUCAUGGACCCCUAGCAUCUCGAAGAAAUUGUAUGAUGAUCUCGCCAUGGUUCCUUUACGUGUCCAGCUGUGGGACACCAAAGAGGAUUGAUGCACCCAGCAAUUUGGGAGAAAGAUGGAGGCGAAUACUCUUUGCCAUGUCCUGGAAGCUGGUGUCUUUGCUGGUCAUGACACUGUUGAAUGUUUUGUGAAAGUCAGAACAACGAUUGAUCUCACCAAGCCAUUACGAUCCCAAAUUAUGGUUGCUAGUGAUGAUACAGGCUGCUUCUGGGUCACCCUGAAAUAUGAAUACCUCCCUUCUUUCUGCUUUCGCUGCGGUCGAGUGGGUCAUUUUAUCCAUGAGUGUACUUUUGAUUCUCCAGCUCGUAAGGAAAGAUUUGGACCGCAUAUGUCCACGAAGAAAUUGGGGAUUAGAAUCUAUGAUGCUGAAGAGGAAGCUCAUCAAUUUCGCGGAUAUACGAAAUCGGUGUGGAUUAAUACUAAGUUGGGAGAUCGUUGGGAUAUCAUGAAGGGGAACCGGGCUCCUCCUAUUGAGCUCGAUAAGGAGGUUCUUGAGCAGACCCAUAAAUUGGAGCCUAAUGG